GGGAGCCCACAGUUGCAAAGACAAAUCAACACUGGCGAUAAAAGCCCGUUUUAUUCUCAAGCACGUAAAGACACGGUGGGUCCACCAGGCGUGACGUUUCGCUUCGUGGCGGUACUGAUGUGCGCUUACUCCUUUUAUCCUAAUCAUCAUUUUCAACAAUCACUAUUACAAACACUAAUCAUAUCACUUCCAACAACUUUCCCCGUUAAUUAAGCGCUCCUAAGUUAAAUUCCUACUCCCAACCAAAAAUGCACCACUUGCUUUCUCUUUGUUUUAUCCACUCACACUCUCGUUCUCGCUCUUGCUCCCACACACAGCCACACAGGGACUAAACGAAACGAUCGAUGACGAUGAUGAACACUGCGCACUCUCGCUUCACUAGUUAACACUAAUCGUCAUACUUAAUCCGUUUCAACGAGGCAUCGGAACAAGUGCAUGUGCCAGAUCUCGAUCUCGAUGCGGUGGAGGUUGCUGCUAUUGUUGUUGUUGGAGCUAACGGCACGCGGAAUGCCGCUUCCGAUCACGUUUUCCGCGCGCCUCGUUCACCGCUUCGCUGACGAAAUCAAACCGGUUCGAAUUCCGACCGGCGACUGGCCAGACCGGAAGAGCUUGCGCUACUACCACAUGCUUCUCGCCGACGACAUUCUCAGACGCAAGAUCAAACUCGGAGGCGCUCGCUACCAGCUUCUGUUUCCUACUCACGGUAGCAAAACAUUGUCGCUCGGCAACGACUUCGGCUGGUUACAUUACACGUGGAUUGAUGUAGGAACACCGAGUACUUCGUUUCUCGUGGCGUUGGACGCAGGCAGUGAUCUUCUUUGGAUUCCGUGUGACUGCGUACAGUGUGCUCCAUUGUCAUCGAGUUACUAUUCCAAUCUGGAUAGAGAUCUGAAUGAAUAUAGUCCGUCUCGAUCGUUAUCCAGUAAGCAUCUAUCUUGCAGUAAUCACUGGUGUGAUAAUGGUUCGAAUUGUAAAAGUUCCCAGCAGCAGUGUCCGUACAUGGUCAGUUACUUGUCAGAUAAUACAUCGAGUUCUGGAUUGUUAGUUGAGGACAUACUGCAUCUUCAGUCUGGUAGCGGUUUAUCAAACUCCUCUGUUCAGGCUCCAGUUGUUCUUGGAUGUGGUAUGAAGCAAAGUGGUGGUUAUUUGGAUGGGGUUGCCCCCGAUGGUCUAUUAGGUUUGGGACCUGGGGAGAGUUCUGUUCCAAGUUUUCUUGCCAACUCAGGAUUAAUCCACAAUUCCUUUUCCUUGUGCUUUAAUGAAGAUGAUUCUGGUAGAAUGUUUUUUGGGGACCAAGGACCAACCAUCCAACAGUCUACCCCGUUCUUGCCUUUGGAUGGAUUAUAUUCAACGUACAUUGUUGGAGUGGAUUCAUCAUGUAUUGGGAAUACUUGUCUUAAAAUGACAAGUUUUAAAGCACAGAUUGAUAGCGGAACGUCUUUUACAUUUCUUCCUGGCCAUGCUUAUGGAGUAAUAGCCGAGGAGUUUGAUCAACAAGUAAAUGGUUCAAGAUCUAGCUUUGAAGGAUCUCCUUGGGAGUAUUGCUAUGUAUCCAGUUCAAAAGAGUUGCCAAAGGUUCCCAGCUUAACUCUCGUGUUCCAACAGAAUAACAGUUUUGUGGUCUAUAAUCCCGUGUUUGUAUUCUAUGGCAAUGAGGGAGUCGUUGGAUUUUGUUUAGCCAUCCAGCCAACAGAAGGGGAUAUGGGAACAAUUGGACAGAACUUCAUGACUGGAUACCGUUUGGUAUUUGAUCGGGAAAACAAGAAGCUAGCGUGGUCACGCUCAAAUUGUCAGGAUUUGAGUGUAGGUAAGAGGAUGCCCCUUUCUCCAAAUGAGACUUCACCAAACCCAUUGCCUUCAGAUGAGCAACAAAGAACGAACGGGCAUGCAGUUGCUCCAGCUGUUGCUGGAAGAGCUCCCCACAAAUCUUCAGCAGCUUUAUCUCGGAUGAAUUCAUCGUUCCGGGUAUAUUGGCAUUGCUAUUUCUUUCUUCUAUUUCAACUCGUGUCUGCCUCUUACUGAGAGCAUCGCAUUCUUAUUCUUAUAUAUGUCUAGAUAGCGUUACAUGUAUACCAAGUCUGUAUCCAUUUUGUCCCCCUAGCUUUGUAAGUAUUUUAGAUCUCACACCAUCUAAUGCUGUUUUUUUCAACCUUGCCAGCAUGUUAGAUUCCUAGAACUCGUACUGGACUAUUUAUCUGUCAACCCCGUUUUCGGACGGGUGAGCUUAUGUAAACUAAUUCGUUUGGUGUUAUCCUAAAGAUAGCCUUUUAAUUUAAUUCAUUUUUUCAAUCAACUA